AGAAACUUUAGAGUAUACUGACCCAAAUCUAUUGCCUCCAGGUUUUCUUGUGGAUGGUGAAUACUCAAAAACAGCGGUAAGUAAAGUUACAUUAGAUACAGCAUCUGUUUUAACUGGGCCAUCAUAUGAUUUCAGUUUAGAUACUGCAUAUACACCAUCAAACCAAGUAUCAUUAAAUCUUUGUAAGUUCACCUGCAGCGAACCAUAUAUGAAGGCUGCAGACCCCACAGAUUGCCAUUACUAUUAUUUGUGCAAGUUGACAGAGGAUCUGACUCCCCACCCCAUAAGGAUAAAGUGUCCACAGAGUCAUCCUGUUUUUAUUGCAGAGACUGGAGCGUGUGCAAAUAAUGGUUCAUGUGAAGUCAAGUGUCACCUAAAUAAUAUUUAUGUGGCAACUACCGUAGUUCAGCCACAAAUAUCAACAUCACAUUAUCACUGCCAUCAUCACAAUCCGUAACAUUUACUAUGUCCACUAUUCUUACUACUCUCCCCAUCAUAAAUUCAGUCACGCCCACUCCUAACCUACCUUCAACUUCUAAUUUCUCAGCCUUAGAUGAAGGUGAGCUUACAUAUAAUAACCAGAACAAGGAAAGCUAUCAGAAUAUUCAUGUUACUUCUACCACUCAACAUUAUGAAACUAUUCUGUCAUCGACAGACAAUCCAUCAGAGUGUAGCCCAACAUGCUUAGUUCCUGAUUCUUGGCUACCAGACCCUACAGACUGCCACCACUUCUAUGUCUGCCAUUUUCUGAAUGAUAUCAUAUCAAAACCUAGAAGAAUAGCUUGUCCUGCAAAUCGGCCUGUUUUCAGUCGUGAAGAAGGAAGGUGUUUAGCCAAAGCUCCAUGUAUUGUAACAUGCCAGACACCUGCCACUAUUGCCACAACAGAGCUCAUGAAUACAGACUGCAAUCCAAAGUGUUUGGUUCCCUAUUCCUCCGUACCAGAUCCAUCUGAUUGUACUCGCUACUUUAUAUGCAUAUUCCUCUAUGACCUUACUCUUGAACCUGUUCGUGCCAAAUGCCCAAGAACUAAACCCUUCUUCGACCCAGUAAGUAAGAAAUGUGAAAAAUGGGCUAGAUGCAUUACAGGAUGCUCCAGACCAACAGUGUUUCCAGCCAUAUCAACAGAGCCUCCCAUUACUUUUAGCUCAAGUAUAGAAGAUAACUGCCUUCCACAAUGUAGAAUACCAGAUACCUUAGUACAUGAUCCAAAAGACUGUCAAGCUUACUAUAUCUGUACACUUACCAAAUCAGGUAGCCUUAAACCUAUUAAAAUGCAGUGCCCUGAGCACAAAAUUAUUUUUGACAAGAUGACUGGAAGUUGCACUGCAGAAGCUGAUUGCAACACUGAUUGUUCAGACACCAGUAGUUCCAACCUAACUGCACUUGAUAAUUCUCAAACGGAAUCGCUCUUGGUUUUGACUGAUAUUCAAGAUGAUACUCAUAAAACAACUUUAUCAUUUUCAAAUGACAGUAGUGAAGUACCUGAAAUGGAAGAUAUCACGGGCACCACACCUCAAACAUCCACUAACGAAUCAAUAUCUUUAAACACAGAGGACUGUGAGCCAAUAUGUGAGAGUCACAACUCAAUUACUUAUGAUCCAUUGGAUUGUCACUAUUACUAUGUUUGUAUGUUUACAGGAGGUAAGAAAUAUGUUUCUAAAGUCAAGUGUCCAUUAGAAAGGCCUAUUUUCCAUGUGGAUACCAAAAGUUGUCAGGGAAAUGUUCCCUGUAUCCAAAUAUGUAAUAAAAUCAUUACAUCACAACUGGACCUCACUGAGGCAAGUCACAACAUUUCAGCUACCUCAUCAGAUAUUAUCAACCCCACAGCACAUGACCUCACAACUACUAUUCUUCAUUCACCGCUUGGAAUAGAGGAAACUUUAGUUCCUCCUGCUUUGCUCAGUACUACUGUUCAAUCAGUAGGUGAAAUCUUGUCUACUAAUGUUUACUUUACAGAAAAUUUUUCAGAUAUCGCAGAUUACACUGAGGACCCUAAAACAGUGGCAUCAGUAAAUGAAAACAAUUCUACCACACUUAAUGAUUUAACUGCACAUCCACUAGAAAUAACUUCGGCAUCUUCAUCAGUCACACCUUUAACAAAUUUCCAAGAAACCAGUUCAGAUUUUACCAGUAUACCUCACCCCAGCGAAAUCAAAUGCUCUCAAGAGUGUAGGAAACAAGGCAUACUGCUUCCUGAUUUAACUGACUGCCGUUAUUAUUAUGUAUGUAUACACCUUAAUGGUCUAAUACCACAGCCAGUUAGAAGUAAAUGCCCUCUUCAUUCUCCCAUAUUUGAUACAGGCACUAGUCAAUGUGUAGCCGACGGUGUGUGUCACAAUCCAUGUUCUAAUUCAUCAUUUAUCCAAGAUGAAUCUUCAAAAGAAACGACACCAGCUGUUAGUCCAACGGUUACUCCUGACCCUUGUUUACCAUCUUGCCAGACAUUAAACUCUGUGAUUCCUGAUCCAUCAGACUGUCAUUUCUACUACUACUGUACUUUGUCCAACGGCAUGUUAACUCCCGUUCGUAUGAAGUGUCCAACAGGAAGACCAAUAUUCAAUAUUAAUUACCUGACUUGUAGUAGCAAUAUACCUUGUGUUGCAUCUUGUAAAAAACUUCAGCCCCAUAUACCAAACCCCUCGUCACAAAUCAUAUCGCUUACUUCAAGUAUUACUUACUGUCCUUAUGCUGGCUACUUUGCCAGCAGUGAAAGAUGCAUUUCAUCUUAUGAUUACUGCUAUCACCAGGGAGACAAAAUAUUAAAGACAAGAAAGCAAUGUCCUAAAGGACUGGUAUUUAAUCCAAUAUCUACAUAUCCCUAUUGUGUGUCACCACAUGAUUGCCCAUAUGAUCCCCAGAAGUAUGGUCCAACAGCCAACGCUACUUACUGUCGCCACCCAGGCAGGUUCCCAAAGUGCAGAGAUUGUUGCUCAGAUUUCAUACAAUGUCAGCCUGCUCCACAAGAUACAUACAGGCCUGUAAUAGUGCAAUGUUCUGGUGGUCUUGUAUUCAAUACUGACCCAAUUUAUCCUGUGUGCCUCCGUAAAGCAGACUGCCCCACUGGUAGUCAAAUUAUCAGAGAGUGUGAAGUACAAGGUAAUUAUCCAUCUUGCCCUCUUGGUAACUGUUGCAGAAAUUAUAAUCAUUGCACUCAUGAUGGGCGGCUUCAGCAGAGGACUUGUCCUUAUCCCUUUGUAUUUAAUAACCAUCCCUCUUACCCAUACUGCAUUUUAGCAUGGAAUUGUCCUUAUAUAUCUCUUUUAUAACAUUAGUUUUGGUCGUUCACCCAUAUGCUGUUGCAAUAAUUUUUAAAUUAAUACUAUUCACAAGGCUGAGACAUAUACAUAAUAAUGUUCAAAAGAUACAAUACUUGAGACACGAACAGUAUCCAUCAGCCGACGGAUCAUUGUCGGUCAUUAACCUCAUUAUCAAAAACAAUUCUUCAAGUUUCUCCAAUUUCUGGAUGACUUCCCCUGUCUUCGGACAAUGUUUAUAUAGUAAUGGGUUGACUCACUUCUUUGUUGCCAUCUUCAAGUUCAAUUAGUGUUAGUAACAGGAUGCAUAUGAAAUUUUUAUGUAAUUAAAUUGCAACAUAUCGACACUGUCCAGCUUCAUUAUAGAUUAUGCUUCUUUCCUACAAAGUAUAUCUGUAAUUUGCAAAUCCCAAUCACUCGAAUAGAAAUUUUUGAAUAAAUGGAAGAUUAAAUUACUCUCCUGUUUAUGUAAUCGCCCUUUGUCAUGACACCACUUGCGUCAAAGACUCAUAUCUCACUAUUAAUUUUAUAGUUUACUAAACUGCUCAUAACAUUCAACGAACUUUGACAUCCGAGAUCUCUUGGCAUUUGCUUGUCCCGGAGGACACAGUUAUCAUCAUGGAAUAUCCUUCAAAGCCCACAAUUUUUAUUUAUAGGAAUCUUUCGUUCUUAUCUCUUCUAUCCAGUUAGAAUUUUUUCCAUGUCAACUAGCCGAAUAGCCUGAAAUAAUAUAGACCAUAAUAGGCCAGCCCCUCUACAUUGAAGUUUGUCUCUCCCUAUCGAGUUCUUUCAGUUUAUGACGACAUUUCAUUUGAUUUUCGUCUCACCAGUUACAUGCAGUGUAAAUAUCUCUGAUAUCAUCUCUUCAUUCUGGUGCCAUUGUCAAGGCAUUUAUCAUCUGCUAGAUCUUGACACCGCCACAUUACUUUGGGUCUAUAAAAAUUGUUGGCCUAUUUUGACCCAGUUAACAAAACUUUAUGAAGGAAAUUCACAAUGCACCGACACCUUCCAUUUCCUAGUUGAAACGAAUAAGGCCACAUCUCUGUUUUAGCCUCAUUAGCCACUUUUAUAACCUAACAGGUCUAGUCAGUGGUUCCCCUUACAAGCGUCUCAAGUUUUUUGUCUGUAAAUCAAAGUAGUUUAUUGAAAUUUCUUGUUUUUACUUUCCAUGUUGUUACAAUUGAGUGUUUCCUUUGCAGAGGUCGUUUUAAUCAUCCUCCUGUCAUAAAUUAGUCACCUACCCACCCACACACAAACAGACCUCAUCUAUUAACUCUUUAAACCCCUGAAAGAUAAAAAUAAAAUAAAAAUGAGUCUUUUUCAUCGAAAACCCGACUAAAUUCUUCUAGCCAUCUUCAAUAUUCACUGAUCUCAUCUUGAACAGAUGUAGAGAGAGAGAGAGAGAGAGAGAGAGAGAGAGAGAGAGAGAGAGAGAGAGAGAGAGAGAGAGAGAGAGAGAGAGAGAGAGAGAGAGAGAAGACACGUUUAAGUCCAAGAUAUGGGUUUCAUGAUCCUCACGGGUCACAUUUUGUCGUGUAAUCACUUCAUCACUGUUUAUCGAAAUUUUCACCAUAAACUUGAAAAAAGUAUAAAUGUUUUGCUGAUUUUGUUAAUCUGUCACAAGUCAAUUGUUAUCCAGUCUGUACUUUUGGUUGGUAAAUUAGAAUGCGUCGCAUUGCAAAACUGGGAUGGAUUCUGUCAACGUAUCGUCUAUUUGUCCCUUCUAUUGACGGGUACGCUAACGCAGUUAAACGCGCUCAUGUUACUCAUUUACGCCAGAAAUGGCCCUUUGGCUGCAUGCAGUAAAGCUAUGUUUGGCUACCUAUAACCGUAUAUAUAACUAUACCAAAAAUAGCCUUUGCCUAACCGGUCAAAAUGUAUCAUUCUUGGCUAUAUAAGGCCCUUGGGCUCUUAGAUUGAUAAAUCCUGUUUAAGGUUAAGGCUGAAGAAUGGAAACACUAGACUAAAGCUGUUUCUUUAAACCUUUCUAUGAUUUACAUUAGCUCUCUUUCAGUUGGCAAUAUUUCUCUUGCUGACGUGCAGCUUACCACACUAAAUUUACUCACUUCGGCAGUAGUAUACGGUUUGGGCUAUAUACCUAACCCUACCUUCUGUAACUGAUCUAUAUAAGAUUAUGAUGUAUAUGUAGCCUACAGAUAUCAAUUCUAACCUCAGCCUGGCUGUAAACACAAAAGAUAUUGUCUCAAUCUUAACUGUGGUUGGUCCCUUAUCAAAGACUGUGGUGCUGUCAGGCAAAAGAAUGCUAUCCUUCAUAAACAAUGGUAUGGCAUGGAACCGGUCAUAAAGAAUGGUAGUUACUGUCGAAACCCACGUUACUGUGAACACUGGGAAGAAUCACGAGAACAAGUCAGGUGUUUUCAUUCCUUAAUCUACUAGGAGGUUCGUUAAGUCUUCAAACCCCACUGGCUAUCUACAGCUAAGGCUGAGGCAUUAUCUUUUAUGUUUUCUUUACUGUCCUUCAGGGGUAUAUGGCAUAUAGCCCGAAAUGCAGGGUACCAUUUUUGGGACUGUCUGCCUUGAGUAACCAUCAUGAAAGUGAAAGACCGAAAAUAUAUCACUUGCAGAUAUAUUUCUUACCUAAAGAACCGAGCUUUGUCAUGUAAAUGUUUAUGGAUGAAGAUAUUGUUUGAAUGGAAGUAGAAUCGCGCUUCUCGGCAAUGUUUUAACCAGCCACCAAGUCACCUAUGUUUUUAAAGAAUUUCAUUCCUUUCUUUAAAAAAAAUUAAUAUUACUGCACUAUAUUCAUUGCACUUCGUCGUGAAUACAUAAUAACUGGGAACGGAAGCCUCUUAGCAGCUGUUGAAACUUAAACUUUCCAUGACGGAAAUUCAUUAAAAUAACAGAAAAACUCAUUGUUCUUCACGAAUUAUAUUUACCGUAGGCCAAAAUCAACUCCACACUGCAACUGUCAUUUUUUAACGCAAAGAAUUAUUUAUCAUAUAUUCGUAGAUCCUGC